AUGAGAAUGCUGCUUGGGCUUUCUGAAUCUCUUCCCAGCCUCGUGGAGGCCAAGUUCAAUGCGGCCAAAGCAGCCCAGAGCCUGAUAUUCUCGCCUACCGAGCUUGCCAUUAUCCGCACGUCAACUGGAAUCCCGUUCCAGCUACGAUAUUGCCCAGCGCUCGCAAAGAAACCCGUACCGGGUAAAGACGAUGCAUCCGCUCCAAAGAAGAAACCUGACCCUUUUCACAAUCCGUCGGCAGACCUGCUAAUUGCCGAUAUCCCAACCCUGAACCCAAGCCAUCUACUGGUCCUUAAUAAGUUUCCAGUCAUCCGUGAUCACUUCAUCCUCGCCACGAAGACCAACAAGGAGCAGACACAUGUUCUCGAGCAAGAUGACCUGGAGGCAACGUAUGCGUGUUUGAAAGCAUGGCAAAAUAACAUGGAACAAGGCCACCAGAAGCGGCUGUUUGCCUUCUUCAAUUCUGGAGAGCACAGUGGUGCCAGUCAGCCCCAUAGGCAUCUUCAGUUCCUACCAGUUGAGUGUAUGAAGGAAGGCAAACAGUCCAAGGGCUGGGAUUUGCUGAUCGACAUUAUCUCAUCGCAAUCUGACACAAGUCUGAAGCAUGGUGUAGGCUGGCCUUCUGGACUCUUGCAGCAUCCUGCCAUCCCUUUCGCUCACUUCGCUUUGCGGUUGCCCUCAGAGCCAAGUGGGCCCCAGCUGCUUCUGGCCUACGAUCAACUUUACCAGUCUGCAAAGAAAGCGGUCGAGGAGUACAUAGAGACUAAUCCAAGUACACUUGCCCUCCAUCCUAUAGAAGAGGGUUCCCUGCCUAUUAGCUACAAUAUGGCAAUGACAACCACAGCCAUAGCUAUCUGUCCGCGCCGAAGCGAAGGGCAUACGCUGAGACACGAUGAUGGAUCAGAGAUUGGCCUCAUUGCCUUAAACGGCACCACUCUUGGAGGAACCUUGAUGGUAAAAAACCAAGAAGAAUGGGAUGUUCUUCGGACACAGUCGGGUCGUCUCGAUUCAAUUCUUGAGGCUAUCGGCAUCCCAAAAGAAGUACACCCACCGACACUCCAUUCCAGAGUUUGA